AUGAAAAGCUCGGCUGUGUGCCUGCUCCUGCUUUGGCAGGCAGCAAUUGGCGCUACAUAUACUCAACAAAAGCCUUUGAAGAAGAAUAAUCCGAACGAUGCCAGAGUUGGAGAUGCGAACGGACCGACAACCGACCUAGCUGCCAGCGGCGCAGAUCAGCUGGUCAUUAAGCAACAAGGCUCCGAGCUAGUCGACGCUGCGUUGUCAGAGCUUCAAAAAACACCGAUGGCCACGCGAAAGAAACACAAAAUGGCCUCAGGCCUUCUCAGCUUCACCGCACGAUACCUUCUCCGAGCACUGCCGACCAUACCAGCGACCGGCCCGGUACAAAAGCAAGCUUCGACAUUGAGCGGGCCUGUUGCUGCGGCAAAGGGCCACCUCGAGAAAGCUGCGGCGCAAAACAACUCUGACGCGCUGUAUCUGCUUGCAGAACUCAACUUCUUCGGAUACCACAACUACCCUCGAGAUCUCCAAGUUGCCUUCGACUACUACCAACAGCUGGCCACGCACAGCGGAAAUACCACCGCGCAAUACAUGCUGGGGCUUUUUUACUCUACAGGCAUUGGUAAUGUCGUGCCUCAAGACCAAGCGAAGGCGCUUUUGUAUUACACACUUGCCGCCGAGCGCGGAGAUCCUAAAGCGCUGAUGGCUAUCGGCUAUCGCCACCAUAGCGGUGUCGGUGCAGUCAAGGACUGUGAGACAGCUAUUAAAUAUUACAAAGAGGUUGCCGACAAGGCUAUCGAAUGGUAUAGAGACGCUCCUCCUGGAGGCCAGUCCUGGACCCAGGAAUCAUGGCGCAUCUCAGAUGAGCAUGGUGGUAUCUAUGGCGAAGGGGCUAGCGCAUCGAGCGCGGGAUUGAAUGCUCUGAAACGCAAUUUGCAUUCUAACGACAAUGCCGAUAUAAGCGAUGUUAUUGAGUACCUCGAUCUUAUGUCGCAAAAGAGCGAUUCUAAAGCCUCGUUCAACCUUGGCCGACUCUACUAUGAAGGGCAGCGCGGUUUGGAGAAGGACUUCGACAGCGCUUUGAAGUACUUUUUUCUCGCAGCUUCAAGAUAUUGGAAACGUGAUGGGCGUGCUGCGGAUGGCAGCAAAAACGGCGCGGACAAGGUGGCUGCCGAGGCAGCUGGCUUCAUCGGGAGAAUGUAUCUGCGCGGUGACGGAGUCGCGCAAAACUUUGACAAGGCUAAGGCGUGGUUCGAACGCGGCAAGUCCCACGGUGAUGCUCAGUCGCAGUGGGGGCUUGGCAUCAUGCUGCUCAACGGUAUGGGCGUUCGACGAAACAUCAAGCUGGCGACGGAACUUCUGCGAACGUCGGCCGACCAAGACUAUGCGCCGGCUCAAAUACAGAUGGGCCGCUUGUUCCUUGACCAAGGCAACCCUGAGGACGUUAAAACGGCUAAUUACCUCUUUGAGCUUGCCGCCCGGUACGGCAACAUCGAAGCCUGGUACUAUCUGGCGGAAAUGACACACCACGGCGUUGGUCGCGAGCGACAAUGCCAACUUGGUCUUAGCUACUACAAGACUGUUGCCGAGCGGGCUGAGCCGCUGGUCUCGCUCUGGUCACAGGCCAACUUGGCAUACGAAUUAGGGAACCAUGACCUGGCGUUCCUCCAGUAUCUCAUGGCUGCCGAACAAGGAUACGAGAAAGCACAGACAAACGUGGCAUUUAUGCUCGAUGCCAAGUUUGGCAAGUUAUCCUUGGUUGAGCUGCUCAUUGGUCGUCAGGAGAAUAAGGUCAGCCCCAUGGCCAAUGCCAAUCUGGCCUUGAUUGAGUGGACUAGAUCAUCGCGACAGUCCAACGUGGAUGCACUGGUGAAGAUGGGCGACUACUAUUUUUACGGCAUCGGCGUCGAAAAAGACCUUGCCAAGGCGGUUCAAUGCUACACCGGAGCCUCAGACUAUCAGCAAAGCGCGCAGGCGCUUUUUAACCUAGGAUGGAUGCAUGAGAAUGGCAUAGGCCUGACGCAAGACUUUCACCUUGCUAAGCGAUACUACGAUCACGCUCUGGUAGUCAACUCCGAGGCAUAUCUCCCCGUCACGUUGAGUCUUUUGAAGCUUCGCAUGCGCAGUGCGUGGAACACCUUUACACAUGGUCCGAUUCAUUCUAUUCAGGACGAGCCCAAGAAGAAGAAGGACUGGUCUCUCUCGGAGUGGAUCAACAACUUCAUCGACGGAGAGUUGAUAUACGAGGACGACUAUUAUGAAGAUUACUACGAUGCCAACACUAUUGAUGGUGGGGAAAUUUUUGAUGACUCCAACGUGCUGGAGAGUCUGCUGAUUAUUGGCGUCACUUUUGCCCUUGUCGGACUGGUUUGGUGGCGGCAGCGGCUGCAGUUGCAGCGGGCCGAAGCUGAGGAGCGCCGGCGGCGCGAGCAGGGCCUUCCACCGGCCGCGGCGCCCGUGAUGGACCCUGAUCUAAUGGGCAGAUUUCCCGGGUGGGCUGCCGGUGGCAUGGGGUUCUGA